AUGGACAAACACUUCUUGUUGGUCUUCUCCCUCUUCUGCUUCAUUGAGGCAGUGACACCACUGAAGUGCAUCACAUGCCAUCUCCGCACAAAGACAGAUCGCUGUAGAAGAGGCUUUGGUGUUUGUGUUGCCCAGAAGGAUGAGACAUGCAUGAUUGUAAAGAUUUACAGGGAUUUUCGUCUCCAGUUAUCAUAUAUGCUGUGUCAGAAAUUCUGCAGCGACUUGACAUUUAAUUUCAACAAUCAUACUUAUGUUCAUAAAUGCUGCAACCAUGAUUAUUGUAACUUCAAAGUCUAA